AUGUCUGGUGUUGAGUUCUUUGCCGUGGGGCCGUUAAUAGGCCUGGCCAUGAAGCUCUUGGUUAAGUUCGGUCUUAACUCGAUCAGCUUCCAAAUCGAGGCUCAUGGUAUGGACAUGCUCGCGGGCAAUGUUAAGGAUGGCAUUGAAGAUGCCCGGAUGUUUUAUUACAAGGUUACCAAGCACGUCAAAGAGGAGCUCCAGCUGAAGAGCCGAGUCGUCGAUUCUAUCAAUAGGACUGAACACGCACUCAAGAUAUUCCAGGCAUACCUCAAUGAACAUAACGACCGCCAAGCCCUGUUUAUGCUGCUCGGGGACCAUGCCAGAGUUAAGAAACUUCUGGCACCCCUGCAGUCCAGCCAAUCACAAUUGGCGCGCCGAAUCGAUUGGAUGAGGGCUGCCUUGUCCGAUCUGGACAAGGGCUUCGACCUCUCGAAGGAGAAAAGGGACCUUGCCUGGAGCGUUCCGCCAAACGAACGGCCGGGCUAG